UGUUGAGCCAUUCUCAGGAGCGAGUCCUUUGCACUGCACACAAGCAAGAGGAGGAAACUGCAGCUGUUACUUAAAACACUGCCUUUUGAUGACCUGCUUUGCAUUUGGACACUUGUAGACCAGAUUUUUUUUUUGGUGUUUCAGCAGAGGGUGGGCGAGCCUCUGGACUCAAACUCGAGGAGAGAGAGCAAGACUCACCUGAGCACACUGGAUAUCCUUUCUGCAACUGUUCAUUCCAACACAACAAAAACUAGUUCUUAUCACCACUACAUUCGCCAGGCGAGCAGAUCAAGAGCAGGCUCCAAUUUCUGCGCUGUGAAAUUGAAUCAGAGGAACGGAGAGGCAAUACAGCAGAGGCAUUGUGUCCCUGCAAUUGAAACACUAACCAGCUGAAAAUAUCAAAGACCAUCCUGGACAAAGAGUUCUUCUCAAAGCUCCCUUGUUUGUCUAAAAUCUGCUGUUGAAGUAUAAAGUGAUAAAGCUGCACAACACUCAGAGAGGACAGGGAGGCAGAGGGGACCAUACACGAGGGAGAACGAUUGUGUGCAGGUGCUGGGGCUGCCAUGGUGCGUGGAGGUGGCGUGGCAGUAGCUCCAUCCUGCAGGGGCCUGUGGGUGUUUGGCGCCCUGUCGCUGGUGGCACUGUGUUUGUCGGACCAGGCCAUUCGCUGCCCGGUGUGCUCUGAGGAGAGGCUGGCCAGCUGCCGGCUGCCGGAGGGCUGCGAGGAGACAGUGCGGGAGCCCGGCUGCGGCUGCUGCCCCACCUGUGCCCUGCCUAAAGGGGCGCACUGUGGCGUCUACUCACCUCGAUGUGGCACAGGCCUCCGCUGCUACCCGCCGCGUGGUGUGGAGAGGCCACUGCACUCGCUGAUGCACGGCCAGGGGGUGUGCACCGAUGAGCGGGAGGUGGAGGAGAACUCAGCGAUGGACAGGCAGGAUGAGAUCAUCCCUGAGCACCCAAACAACAGCAAUAUCCGGUGCAGUCCACAAGACAAACGCUGCAUACAGAAGACCCUGGCACGACACCCUCCCAAAUCCACAAAUCAGAGAAGCAACACCGCCAGGGAGGAGACCAAGGCGGCGCUGGCUCCAUGUCGUGCUGAGCUACAAAGAGCACUGGACAGAUUGGCAUCAAAUACCCGCACACACGAUGAUCUCUUCACAAUCCCUAUACCCAACUGCGACAAGAACGGAGACUUCCACGCUAAACAGUGUCAUCCUGCACGCGAUGGCCAGCGGGGAAAGUGCUGGUGCGUGGAUCAGAAGACGGGCACGAGGCUGCCGGGACCGUUGGAGCAGCGAGGGGAUCUGGACUGCCACCAGUUAAUGACUGCCACCCUGAGGGAUUGAGGAGUGGGGAGUGGCAGUGGGGGUGCAGGACCAGCUGAAUUCCACUGGUGCUUAUUAGUAGAACUACAUAAGGAAAGGACUUCGCCCUAAAGCCUCACCUCACCUGAGGCCAACGGUACUUGACCUUGCGCAACAAAAAGGAAACCAUUUAAUUGAGUUCUUUUGCUAUUUUGUUUCUGUGUGUGACAGUAUGUGAUCUCUGAGUCUUUUGAGCACUUGUUGUGUAUUGUUUCUACUAUGUGAACCUAAGACCGAUAGUCUUUAGACACAUGCGCUUUAAAGUAACAGGUGGCAGAAAAAAAACCUUCCACAGAUAUGAGUUGUAGUUGUGAUCUUUGUUAGAGAGCAAAUGUGUUGUUUUCUCUAGUCUAACUUCAGUGUAGUAUUCUUGAAAAAUGACAAGAAAAUGCAUCAACCCCACCAGAUAGUCAGAUGUGAGACAAAACAGGAGCUGUUAUAUUCUUUCUGGAGCACUAGAUCAGUUGGAAGUACUGCAUCAGGACAAUCCAGAAAGACUAUCAAUUAAAAAGGAUUGUGUACUAGAUUUUCACACAAUAUGUGUAAGUGGUUGUAAUAUGUGGCUCUUAUUUUACUGUCCUAUAUGUCGUAAACCCCACCCAUCUGGUAAGUAGGUAAAAACAAACCAUAAAAUGUCUUUGCAAACACAAAGUCUAGUUAAGCGACAACACAAGAGUAGCAAUAAUAGAUGGGAUGAGAACAACAGAUGAAAAAAGAAACAGGGGUAACAAAGGAAUGCAACAACCCCCUGCCUUGAGUUAUCAAAUGAUAAGCCAUAGCUUUUCACAACAUGGAGACCAAAGUUAAAAGUGGUAUUUGUUUGAAAAACUGUAUCUCUGAAAGCCCAGAAUAGAUUUGCUUCAUUACCCCGCGGUUCACUCUGCAUCCCCCUCUCUCUGCCGAUGAGCUCUCCUGCACUGUGGUCCAGAAGGACUGGCAGUGUAGCUGGGCUGGAAACUCUGUACACUGCUGAUAGGAUAAUCUUAUUUUUCCAGCUGGUGCUAAGAUGCCAGUGUGACUCUCAUGUUUGUAUGAAUAUGUUUCAACAUAGAGGAUUUCUCUCCAAACAGACUGCUUAGCAGAUCUUUGGUGGUGCUAUAUACUGAUUGUGCCAAAAUACAAAAAAAAAAAAAAACGGGCAUUGUUUUGGAUUGGAAGAAGAAGACUGAGAUUUUCAGGAAGUGGCGCAAUUAGCAUCGGCAAGUCUGAGGAUCACCUCUGCACUAGCUAUUGACAAAGGCUUUCCAUGUGUGUUUUCAUGUUAUUGUUAAAAUAUGAAACCAACAUCCCACAUUAGCUUUGCACUAUCAAUACAGCUAACUGGCUUUGUGUUUCAUUGGCCAGUGUUGUAAAUAGCAGGUAUGAUGUGUUUUAAAUACACAAGCGGAAUGUAAUAACUUUUAAUGAUUAUGGUAACAAUGCAGCUUCUAGUUAACAUGAAGCUUUGACUGGGGGACUCCUCUGUUAAUCAGACACAGCUAGUUAUGAGUUUUCUGUAGGGCAUCACACUAACAAUUAAAAGGAGUUUGUUACCAGUGCAAGUGACAUAGCUUCUCCUCAAAUAUUUUACAUACAAUAGACAAGGCUGGUUAUAUUCUUAUAGAAAUUUGAUUGUACUGGAGGAGUGCAUUAGCAGGUUUAAGCUAAUGGUGGUGUUUGUCAUCACCGGAUAUGGACAGCCUGCUCUAUCUGUUCCAUGGGACACUUUGGUUUAUAACUGGCUAAAGAAAAGACUCAUCUUGUGUGGAUGGACGGUCAUUACUGGUGUUGGUGUCACUUUGGCAGAGUAGCAAGUCAGGUCGUUCCCACACAGAACAGCAUUAAUGUCAACUUAACAAACCUUUAGUGCGUAGAUCAUGAUGUAGUAAUAUCACAGAUGAUGAAAAGAAAACACAGCCACUGUCAUACAGUGGAUUUUUUGCUCUUUUUGUUUUCUGUCUCCACACUCUGAUGUUACCUCAAUAUCAGUUAAGCUUUAAAUAUGACUAUUUGAGCACAGCACACUGAAGUGAGGUUAAUUCAGCUCCACACAGAAAUAAGAAAAGUGCCAUGAAAACUUUUCUUCUCAUUAUCACUAUUAUAAAUAUUAUAAUAAUUAUUAUUAUUAUUAUUAUUAUGCAUUUUUUGCACAUUUUCCAUACUGAAUUUGGUCUAAUCUUCUUAAAAAGCAGUAAUAUAUGAAUAUAUAAUUAGAGUCAGAGAAAAGAAAGGUGCAACGUAGUAAAACAUAAAACCUGCUGGUGUGAAGUAGUUGCUCUCACCCACUAAUCCCAACAAAACCCAACAGCUGAUAUGGGCAAGCUCAUCCCCAAAAUAAAUCUGACUAAUGUUGUCUGUUAUCAUCAGACCUUCUCUGGCCUUUCUCAAUCCUGAACGUACUUGAGGUUGUGAGGGUGAAAUUUACAAAGAAUUAAAACAAUACCCUACUGUCUGUACACCUAAUAAACAUUGAAGGGUGCAUUUUAGUGCACUUUGUCUUCUAUGAUUUUGCAACAAAACUCACUCACUUUAAAUAAUAAAAACUUAAAGAGAAUUGCAAAUAAUUUUCCACAGAUUCACAGCCUGUAAUGUUUAAUCAUAUUAUACAAUUCAAACACAAAUGAUCAAAGGUAACUUAUUUUCUUGUCUCUGUGUUGGCCUAGUUAUUCUGCCGUAUCUAUAAUAUCAGUCAGAAAUCCACACUUUUGAUCCUUAGUUACUAAUAAUACUAAAGAAAUUGAAUCUAACCACUGAAGCCAUGGUUAGUUUAUAUGCUGGAAAUAGAGUAUUGUCACCUGAUGACCAAUGUCACUAAAGAAGAAAUGUAUCCAAAGGUAAUGCACCAAAAUACAGACAGAUAGAAAGAAGAUGGUCUGAGUGGAGAAUCAUUGCUACAGCUUAAAAAUAUCAAAAACCAAAUAUCCUAAAAAUCGUUCCAAAGACCACAAUGUAUCUGGAGACAUCAAUACUCAUUCAGUGAACUGCAUGCACACAAAAAAAGUUCCAGCACAAUCCUAUCUUAUCAUUCAUCAAUUAAUGAAGUGUUACUAAACACAUUCAAGCACAUUUCUCUGUUAAACAGUCUUAAUCUUUGAGAGAGAAGGCAAAUGGUUUUGGCUUUGAUUUUGUAAAGGCCUUCUAACUACAUAAACUGUGUAUUUAAGCUAUAGUACAUUGCUUGAUCUCUAACUUUUGCUGAACUGAACUGUAAUUGCAUUUCUCGAGAAUAGACUGUUCCUGUUUGCCUUUGAUAUUAUCCGUUAAUGUGUAGAAGAUAUGAAGUAAUGUUUUUGCAUGCAUCCAAAUGGACUGGGGUUGGGAACAGCUGGGGUCUUGUGUAUCUUGUCCAGAACAGGACUCUUAUAUUCAAACACUGAAGUGAUCAAAGGACUGAAAUAAUAGAGUUUCAACCGAUGAAAUAAUCAAUUGCAUUGUAAAUGUUUACCUGAUGAAAAUGUACACAUUGUAAUACAUCAAUUAAAACACUUUAGAAACUACAA